AGAGUCGAUCCGUAAACGAGAGAUAAUGCACUAGCUAUCGGUAUCUAUAAAUGUACAAAUCUAAUACAGGAGACUCAGUUAAAGAAUUUUCGUAUUGAUUUUGUAUUUAUUUUGUUAUCAGUGUUCGAAGAAAAUACUCCAAUGCCUCCAAGUCAGCAAAAUACCACAAACUCAAAAAUUUCGUUACGUGUUGCAUUGAUUGGUCAGAGUGCAUUUGCAGUAGAUGUUUUCCACAGAUUGAGAGACCAUGGGCAUACCAUCGUUGGUAUAUUUACCAUCCCUGAUAAGGGUAAAAGAGAAGAUCCACUCGCUAAAGUAGGACAUGAGAACGAUGUACCCGUAUUCAAAUUCAAAUCUUGGAGAAAAGCAGGGAAAGUAUUACCAGAAGUUUUGAACUCAUACAAAACUAUAAACGCAGAUCUAAAUGUCUUACCUUACUGCUCUCAAUUCAUCCCAAUGGAAAUCAUAAACCAGCCCAGACUGAAAAGUAUUUGUUACCAUCCUUCAAUAUUACCUAGACAUAGGGGUGCCAGUUCAAUAAAUUGGACGAUUAUUUGUGGAGAUAAAAAAGCAGGUUUGAGUAUUUUCUGGGCAGACGAUGGCUUGGAUACUGGUCCAAUCCUUCUACAAGAAGAAACUGACCUUCUGGAAGACGAUACUGUCGACACAAUCUACAAAAAUUUUUUGUAUCCAGUUGGAGUAACUGCUGUAGCAAGAGCUGUUGAUAUGAUUGCCGAUGACACAGCACCAAUGAUUGAACAAAGUGAAAAAGGAGCUACUUAUGAUCCAAUGUUGAACAAACCCGAAUUGCAUAUGAUUGACUUCAAUAAAACCGGCGAAGAACUUCACAAUUUCAUCAGAGGUAUGGACUCUGUCCCUGGAGCAAAAUGCAUGAUGAAACUACCGGAUUCACAAGUAUUUCAAGAAGUUUCUCUUUUUGGUUCUUCCAUAUGGGGUAAUGAAGGUACUGAGGGUAGAAAAGUAGAUAUAUUGGGAGCUCAGCCUGCUAUAAUUCAUGAUGAAGGUCUCCUAAUUUCUGGAAGUAAUGGUGUAUACAUCAAUGUUAAAAGAGUAAAAGUGAAUGGAAGGAUGAAGCUUGCAUCAAACUUGGACCAAGUGAGUCAGCAGGUUCAAAUCGAAUAUACUAAAGAUGAGAGAAAUCUAAUAGAAUCUACCAGAGAAAUCUGGGAGAAUAUACUCGGCUUGGAUAUUGAAGAUGACACUGAUUUCUUUGCUGGAGGUGCAGGAUCCAUGGAUGUAGUAAGGUUGGUAGAAGAAGCCAAAGACAUUUUCAAGAUCGAAUUAGAAAACGAAGAUGUCUUUAUGGCACCCGUAUUCGACGAAUUCUGCCUCAAUUGUAUUCUGAAGACAAGAGGUGGAGUAGGCUCUGUUGAAAUAGACUAUAGACCAGUCAUCAUAGAAGCAAAUGGUAGAAGUCUCAAAUUUCCCUGUCAAUUGUUCAUCAAUGGACAAUUCAUAGAUGCUCAAAAUGGAAAAGUUACAAAAACCAUCAACCCAGCUAAUGAAGAAACUAUUUGUGAGGUCCAAUGUGGAUCAGUGGAAGAUGUUGACAAAGCUGUGAAAGCUGCCAAAAAAGCUUUCGAGAGUGGCGAAUGGAGUAAAAUAAGUGCUAGAGAAAGAGGAAAUAUGUUAUAUAGAUUAGCAGACCUCAUGCAACAACAUCGUGAAGAGUUGGCGACAAUAGAGUCUAUAGAUGCUGGUGCAGUCUAUACCUUGGCCUUGAAAACCCAUGUAGGAAUGAGCAUAGAAACUUGGAGGUAUUUUGCUGGAUGGUGUGACAAAAUCCAAGGAUCCACUAUUCCAGUUUCUCACGCAAGACCAAACAGAAAUCUCACCUUUACGAAGAAGGAACCAAUAGGAGUUGUUGGACUCAUCACACCAUGGAACUACCCUCUCAUGAUGCUUUCCUGGAAGAUGGCAGCUUGUCUCGCUGCUGGAAAUACAGUUGUCAUCAAGCCAGCUCAAGUUAGUCCACUUACAGCCCUUAAAUUUGCUGAGUUAUCAGUUAAGGCUGGAAUUCCACCAGGUGUUAUCAAUGUGGUGCCUGGAACAGGAUCUGUUACUGGACAUGCGCUAGCUUCACAUCCUGAUGUUAGGAAGCUUGGUUUUACAGGAAGUACUGAGAUUGGGCAAGUUAUUAUGAAGACAUGUGCCGAAUCUAACUUGAAAAAAGUUUCUUUGGAAUUAGGAGGAAAAUCUCCACUAGUUGUAUUCUCAGACUGUGAUUUAGAUAAAGCUGUAAGAUUAGGAAUGCAAAGUGUUUUCUUCAAUAAGGGAGAGAACUGUAUAGCAGCAGGAAGAUUAUUUGUGGAAGAAAGAAUCCAUGACGAAUUUGUGAGAAGGGUGGUGUCCGAAACAAGAAAGAUAGCUAUAGGAGAUCCAUUAAAUAAAUCUACAUCUCAUGGUCCUCAAAAUCAUUUAGCUCAUCUGAACAAACUUCUGGACUUUGUUGAAAUGGGUGAAAAAGAAGGUGCUAGAUUGGAAUAUGGAGGAAGGAGGUUAAAUAGGCCGGGAUACUUCUUCGAACCUACCAUUUUCAGCCAUGUAGAAGAUAAUAUGAAGAUUGCAAAAGAAGAAUCUUUCGGACCUAUCAUGAUCAUAAGCAAAUUUAGAAAUGGUGAUAUCGAUGGUGUCUUGAAGAGAUCAAACGCAACAGAGUAUGGCCUGGCAUCAGGAGUAUUCACCAAAGAUAUUGGCAAAGCCCUAAAGUUCGCUGAAAAGGUAGACGCGGGCACAGUAUUUAUCAAUACUUAUAAUAAAACAGAUGUAGCAGCACCAUUUGGAGGUUUCAAACAAUCUGGAUUCGGAAAAGAUUUGGGAGCUGAAGCUUUGAAUGAAUACCUGAAAACUAAGUGUAUAACUGUGGAGUAUUAGGAUUUUAGUGAUAUUUAUUUUAAUAUUAGUGAUACUUACUAUAUAAAUUAUAAUUUAUAACGAUGAUUUUAUUUAUAUUAAAAGUUUUUUCUUUGA